CCUGUGCAGUGUGUUAUCUUUGGUGUUUAAUUCAUUGAAGGACAACAUUACCAACUGAAAACGACCACACUUUUUUAUUUUAAAUGUUAGACGGUUACAGGAAAUUGUAACAACUGUGUUAAGGGCUCAGAAUAAGUUAAAUAACGAUAUUUGCCGUUUAACAAGUUACUAUGCCAGACUGGGUCAGUCUGUGUGUGCUCAUUAGCCUGUUGAUAAGUCUAAUAACAAUAGCCGGUUACAUUUUGUGCUCGGGACUCCUCUCUGACAUUACCAUACUAUCUGGCUCUCCUCCCGUAAAGAAGAUUACAUUCGCCUACAAAUUCAAAGAAGGACCGUACAAAGACUGCAGACAACUUUUCAAGGAGUCUAACCGGAUUGGACCAAAGCUUUCAUGUAUCGGAGUAUACUAUGAUGACCCUAAAAAGGUGCCGGGACCUCAGUGCCGCUAUGCUGUCGGCAGUAUUCUGAGCGAGGGAGAAAACAAGGUGGACGAGGAACUUUUAAAGAGCUAUGAGACAUCCGGCUUCAAUGUCUUUUCCUUUCCCGAAGUCACACACGUGGUCACUACCUCUUUCCCCUACAGGACGUUUUUCUCUAUCCUUCUGGGAAUAAGGAGAGUUUACCCUCGACUAGAACACUACAUCAAGGAAAGGAGGCUGUGUGCACACCCGUUCCUGGAGAUCUACCGAGAAGGUCAGAUCCUGUUCAUGGCCCCCUUGGCCCGGCAGGGAGAUUUCUACGUACCAGAAGUCCGACCGGCAGAAAGGAAGCGGUCAGAACAAGAGGAUUUGCACAGUGACUCAGAUGUCUCAGGUGCAGACUCCAACAGUGAAUACAGCUCAGGGAGUGGAGUUCUCCUGUCGGACAGCAGAGAGACGUCCCUGGCGGCUUCCUCAAUCCGCUCUGUGCCUAUCCAGGAUCAAGGGGAUAGAAACUACAGAGGGAGAAGCUCCAGGGGAACCUCUUUUAAAGAGCUGGACUGUGAGCAGACCGAGAGAGAAGAGCAGCUUCAUGAAGACUCCAACCAGAAGAGCCCGGAGGCUCCCACUCAGGAGUGGUGGGGUGCUGUUGGAGGAGAAGAGUAGAAGUUGAGUGAGACAUGUUAGUUGAGGAUGAGAGGGGGAAAGGACUGAAAUUGAAGAGGUUGGGAAGUUCAAAUUAUAAAGGUGUGUCUCACUAUGGGUUCAUGUCCAAAGGGAGAAAUGUUCAAAGAUAAGGCCGGGGAUAUUCUAUAGUUUUGUUAUUGUGAAGACUGAAAUAUUCCAAACAUGUGGUAGUCCGUUUCUCAAGACUUUCAGACUUCCCUACCCUGAAAGCCCAUUCUAUCCGAUAGAAAAAUCUUUAAUAAUAGAUCAUGAAUAUAAAGUGUCUUUUUAAAUUUUUUUAGAUAAAAAGUCAAAUACUUUCCUAAAACAGCUGAGCACUGUACUUUUUUAGCAAAUGCUACUCAAACAGGAGUAAAUUGUGCAUUUUAGCCGCUUAUUAAUCCACAUGUGGUGCUCUGGUGAGUGUUACGGCAGCAGGACGGUGUGUGCAGGACCAACUAAAGUAAGCCACAGUGCCUGUGUUCAUUGUAAUGAAGGAACACAGUGCACCCAGCGCACCCAGCGCACCCGUGUAUAUAAUUAGAAUGAUAUAGAAUAUAACCCGACUUAUUUUUUACUCUUUUAAACUGAACGUUUUAACAUCUGCUAGAUUUUUCAGACAGAAAAACAAUCCACUUGAAAUCUGAAAUAUAUUCAGGUAGCCUGAGAUUCUUGAAACAUUUUUACAGAAGUGAUGAUGUUUGUCAAAAUGAUACAAGAUGACUGAACUGAGUACUUUUUUUAAAACUUGAAAUGUCUUUAAUUUGCUGUACUGAAGCUAACAAUGACUUGCAUUUCUAACAAGAGUGUUGUUUGUUGUUAGGAUUGAUUCACAAACCUGUGGAACUCUGUUGAUUUCAAAGACGUUUUAAUUGGUUUAAAGGCCUUUUGUUUCAAUCGUUAUUAACUGACAUAAGGCACUGACGUUACUGUGAGCACAUAGCAAAGUGAUCUAUACUUUGUUUUUUGUAUUUUUAUAUUGUGUUAAACUGAAUAUUUGUGCACACAGAUUGUGUGUUUGCAUAUCUCUGUUGGUGAUGGCACAUGUUCUGAUAUAAAAAUGUACUUCAUUUCCAAAGAGGAAGGUGUGAAUGAAUGCAUAAUUGCCUCCUUUGUGUAGUCCUCCUGAGCCCCUGUGAGAUUAUGGACAUGAUUAUAGUGAGUGUGUAGCCUGCUGCCAUGAUCAGUCGAGGAGAAAGAUGACAAGGCAAGUGGGCUGACCAUUAAUAUUAAUUUCAUUAUUGCUGAAAGCACAGACAGCUCUGUAUAACUCUACCUUGUAUUUACAGUCGCUCUACAUCUGUAGAAUCCUCACACAUUUAUUCCCAGGGCAAAUUAUUAUUGUUAUUAUUUGUUCUCCUUUUGUUCUUUUCUCUUUCCCUCUGAAAUAAAUAUGGCAGCUGCAUCCUGAAAGAC